GACUUAACCCUCCCAUUUCCAUCUGCUCGUCCAUCUCACCGACCGCUGCCAUGGCCUUUGUUGCUCCCCCUGGCUAUCAGCCAAUCUAUAGUCCUAGAAUUCCCUACCUGGGGCCCAUUUGUGGAGGCCUGAGGGAAGGGAUGUCCAUCUAUCUCCAGGGUUCCAUUCCUGAGGACAUUACCAGAUUCUUUAUCAACCUGCUUUGUGGAGAGUCUGAGUCCAGCGACAUCGCUCUCCACUUCAACCCUCGAUUUGACGGCUGGGACAAAGUGGUCUUUAACACUUGUCAGGAUGGAUCCUGGGGAUCAGAAGACAAGAUUCGCAGUAUGCCCUUCUGCAAGGGCCAGGCCUUUGAAAUGGUCAUCAUGGUCACUUCACAAGGCUACCAGAUCAAAGUCAAUGGGAAUGACUUCCACACCUUCCAACACCGUAUACCUGUGGAGAGAGUUUGUGCCAUGCAGAUCGCUGGAGAUGUUUCCAUCCAGACUAUUAAUGUCAUAGGGGGUGCUCGAGGUGGCAUGGAUAGGUAUCCUGGAGGAAUGGGAGGUGGAAUGGGAGGAGGAAUGGGAGGAGGCAUGGGUGGAGGAAUGGGAGGAGGAUAUCCUGGAGGUGGCAUGGGGGGAGGAUACCCAGGAGGCAUGGGAGGUGGCAUGGGAGGAGGAAUGGGAGGAGGAUAUCCAGGAGGUGGCAUGGGGGGUGGAUAUCCAGGAGGCAUGGGAGGUGGUAUGGGGGGAGGAUACCCGGGAUCAAACCUGCCGGGUAUGUGUGGGCAGCCAGUGUACAACCCUCCUGUGCCCUACUCCAACAUGAUCCCAGGAGGAAUGAUCCCUAAGAGGACCAUCGUCAUCAGAGGCAUGGUGCCCUAUGGAGCAAACAGUAUUUGCAUCAACUUUGUGGUGAGCAGAACCCGAGACAUUGCCCUCCACAUAAACCCCAGGGUGAGGGAGGGGAUUGUGGUGAGAAACAGCGAGAUUGGAGGUAGCUGGGGCCAGGAGGACAGAGAGCUCAGCUUGAACCCAUUCAUGGAGGGACAGUACUUUGAUAUGUCGAUUCGUUGUGGGAACCAGAGGUUUAAGGUGUUUGUGAAUGGCCAGCACUUGUUUGACUUUGUCCACCGCUUGCAGUCCUUCACUGAAGUUGACAUGCUGGAGAUACAGGGCGAUGUGCAAAUCUCCUACAUCCACUUCUGAGACCAAACACACCAGUGCUCUGAUGUAUAUUUUCUGUACAUUAUUCCUACUGUGUGACUAUCAGUCCUAAUAAGGCAAAAAGUUACCUCAUCAUCUGCUGUACUGUUCAUAACUGAAUUAAUAAACAUUUCACUAACACAUUUAA